AAACGAUAUAGUGGUUCUACGCAUCGCCGGCUUUGAUUAACUAAUCUGUGCAUUUUUUAAAUUAAAUUUUUGUCUAAUUUGCACUAAACUAAAACUAUUAUUAUAAAAAAAUAAAUGAAACUGAAAUUACAAGUGAACUAUAGUGAUAAAAAGACAUUAUGAUGGACAUAAACAAAUAUCUUGCAACUCAACACGCGCUAACAAAACAAGCGUUUGAUAUUAAAAACUCUAAAAAGGAGACUGUAAAAAGUAAGGCCCCUGCACAUUCUACGAAAUCAAAGAAAAAGAACAAAAAUCUUUCUAAAAAGUAUAAAAGCGAUAUACAACUUGGUGAAUUAUCCCAAAACGCAACUUUGACAAAAGUAUCGUGUGAAGAUAUAGAAUCUGAUGAAGAAUAUCUGCCAUCGGAAGAAGAAAUUGACAACGAGAUUUCUAUUUCACGUACAUCAUCGUCCCGAACAAAACUCAAAUUGAAGAAAAUAAUUGAUGAUGGAGAUCAAAAUCAUUAUAAUUUAAGGAUAAAGCGCUCAAAAGAAAAUCAAGUUGCUGCGUACUCAGGUAAUUACAAAGGAGAUAUUGUCUCUGCAGAUAUUAAAUAUAUUAUGGAUGGGAAAAAAGAAUUUGAUAAAAAACGUGAAUUACGAAAUGGUUUAAGCAUACCGAAUUAUAUUUGGAAGCAACUGUAUAAACAUCAAAAAGUUGGAAUAAAAUGGUUAUGGGAACUUCACCAAAUGCAAUCUGGAGGGCUACUUGGUGAUGAAAUGGGUUUGGGUAAAACAACUCAAAUUAUCGCUUUUUUGGCGGCAUUAUCAAACUCCGAUAUUGGAAAAUGGAGUGGACUUGGGCCUUCUAUUAUUGUUGCACCAGCGACAAUAAUUUAUCAGUGGGUUUCACAUUUCCAUUAUAAUAAACUUAUUAAAGAUGUACAUCAGUAUCGUGGUAUUUUAGUAAUGACAUAUGCUGGUAUUGUAAAAUAUUCUAAUUACAUAUUAGCCAAGAAAUGGCAUUAUAUUAUUUUAGAUAAGGGUCAUAAAAUUAGAAAUCCCAACACACAAGUUAGUAAAAUUAUCAAACAGAUAGACACACCUCAUAGAAUUAUUGUAACUGGAUCGCCACUGCAAAAUAAUUUACAGGAACUCUGGUCAAUUUUUGAUUUCAUAAUUCCAGGAUUGUUGGGGGCAUGUAAUGCAUUUAUGGAACAUUUUGUGGUACCAAUAACACAAGGAGGUUAUGCUAAUUCUACUCAACUUCAACAAGCAAUAGCAUUAGAAAUUGCCAAAGCUUUAAAAAACAUAAUAACGCCUUAUAUAUUAAGAAGAACAAAGGCUGAAGUUCAAGACAAUAUAAAAUUACCUGAAAAAAAUGAACAGGUUUUAUUUUGUGCUUUAAGUCAAGAACAAAGGGAUCUGUAUAUAAAUUACCUUAAGAGCAAUACUGUUCGACGAAUCAAAAAUUAUAAGUUUAGUGAUCCUCUCAGAGCAAGGAUUUUGAUAGCAUUAUCUACUUUACGAAAAAUUUGUAAUCAUCCGGAUUUAUAUCUUAAUAAAGCACAACAAAAUAUUAGAGAUGUUGAUAUAAAUGAAAAUGGCCAUUGGAAAAGAUCUGGUAAAAUGAAUGUUGUGAACUCUUUAUUAAAAAUUUGGCAAAAACAGGGUCAUAGAAUUUUAAUAUUUUCUCAAUUCCGUGCAAUGGUAAGUAUAUUGGAAAAUUAUUUACAAGGUCAGCACUAUAAAUAUUUAAAAAUAGAUGGUUCUGUAAGUGUCAACCAAAGACAAAACUUAAUUACAAUUUUUAAUGAAACGCCUGAAUAUUUUGUAUUUCUUUCUACAACAAGAGUGGGGGGAUUAGGUGUUAAUUUAACAGGGGCUAAUCGUGUUAUUAUAUACGAUCCAGAUUGGAAUCCAGCUACUGAUAACCAGGCUACGGAGAGAGCUUGGAGAAUAGGUCAAGAAAAAAAUGUUACAGUUUACAGAUUACUUUCAGCGGGUACCAUAGAAGAAAAAAUGUAUCAGAGACAAAUAUUUAAACAUUUUUUAAGUAACAAAAUUUUAAUAGAUCCUAACCAAAAGAAUAUCUUAACCACAAGUACUCUCCAAGAUUUAUUUAUGCUAGAAGAAGCAAAUCGCGAUAGAGAUACUGAGACAGCUUCACUUUUUAAAUGUACAAAAGUCAAUGUUACUUUCAAAGACAAAUAUAAAAAUAUUUCAAGUUCUACGUCUAAAUCAGAAGAAAUAAGAAAACAAAUGAGAGAAAUAAGCAAAAAGUUACCAAAAGCAACAAAAAAAUCUAAAGUAAUACAAAUAGAAAAAGUUUCUAUGCAAAGAUAUGAGCAUAAAAGUAGUCUUGCAAUGAAUAUUCCUAAAAUUUAUUCAUCUGAAAUAAAUUUAGUUGAUGAUAAGUUAACUAGUACAUCAUUUGAAAAAGUGACUUCUGAAAUAGAGAUAAAUAAUAGCCAAAUAAAAAAAGACUACGAAGAAGAUUUUAUCCAGCACGUAAUAAACAAUCGAAAACAGAUUCCGUUAAAAGGAGAAAUCACUAAUGAAUCGCAAAUGGAAAAUAAAUACAGUAGAAGUGAUAAAAUACUAAGCGAAAGUGAAAAUGCUGCGUUUAAAAGACAUGAAAUCACUAAAGAUGGGAUAAAAUACAAAAAUUCAAACACAACACAAAAUAAUAAGAAGCUAAAACGAAGGUAUUCUGAAUUGGAAUUAUCGAUUUCAGAUAACCUAUUGGCCGUUAAGAAAAUGAAAAACGAAAAACAUAAAGAGAUAACUAACGAUGAUGAUUAUAUAUUGACUAAACUUUUUGCUAACGCUAUUGUUAAAAAUGCAUUGCUACAUGAAGCUGUUGUGGGAUUAUCAGAAAAGGAGAAAAGGUAUAGAUUAAAAGAGGAAGCUUUAGAAAAAGUCAAAUUAGCUUUGCAAGCUAUAAAAUGUUUUUCGUCUUUAUCUUAAAUAAAUUAGAGUAUAUUA